AUGGCCAAGAUGGCAGCCUCCAUGGUGACAGAAAGCGGAGAGGACGUUUUCAGGAAAAUGUUUAAGUUUUAUAAAAGAAGGGAGCCUCCUCCAGACCUGAGGGAAGUGAUUGACUUCAGCAGCGGAGCAGCAUCCGGGGGAAAGAUUGUUCCAUUCAAACUGGAUCAAGCUGCUGUGAGUGAUCAGGAGGCUGCCUGCGUUGGUUUGCAGCCCAUCAGAGACUGGAGAGUUUUCGGCCUGCAGGGGUACCCAGGCUUUAUUUUCAUCUCCAAUCCUUUUCUGCGGGGCUCCCAGUCCUUCUGGGUCAGACAGUGUUUGAAGACAUACUCUCAGAAACCAAACGUGUGCAACCUGGACAUGCACAUGUCACCCUCUGACACGCAGGACAUCUGGGCCAGGAGUGUGCAAGCCAUCAGAUCUCCCAUCUCUGUCAAGAGACAACCCAAAACUUUACUGGAGAGGCUGCGCUGGGUAACUCUAGGAUACCAUUACAACUGGGACACUAAGACUUACUCUGCCAACAGUUACACUCCGUUCCCUGCUGAUCUGCACAUGCUUUCGGUCCGGAUAACAGCUGCCUGUGGCUUCCCGGGGUUCAGCUCAGAGGCCGCCAUCCUCAACUACUACCGAUCAGAUUCCUCUCUGGGAAUCCAUGUGGAUGAGUCAGAGCUGGAUCACUCUCGUCCUCUGCUGUCGCUCAGUUUCGGACAGUCGGCUAUCUUCCUGCUGGGCGGCCCCCAAAGACAAGACCCCCCCACUGCUAUGUUCAUGCACAGCGGAGACGUGAUGUUGAUGUCAGGACCGAGCCGGCUGCUGUAUCAUGCCGUCCCGCGGAUUCUCCCGGCACCGCCGCAGCUUGCAACAUGUUUAGAAGAGGUCAGCUGUGUCUUGGCCCUGCAGAUGGGCAGUGUGUUGGAGCCGGUGUCUGAGGAGGAUUGGGACGUGUGUUCCAGGUACAUUCAAAGCUCCAGAGUGAACAUGACUGUCAGACAGGUGUUGGGGCCCGGACAGAUCUUCCCACUCCAAACGGACGAUAAACACCGGAUGGUCGGGUGUCAUGAUGAUGCAAACAGUGGGAAAAAAAAGAGGACCUGCAGUGACCCUGUGGUGACUGUAGACACUUGAAACACCUACUGUGCUUUUUAUACCCAAGUGAAGCUACUUCAAUCACAUGUUAUUUUUCAAGAACAAAGGCAAAUAUUGUUUUGGAGUUCUCAGAAGAAUCCAGUUAUUUAAUUCCCAACCUAAGAAAACUGAUUGCAGUUUAUGAAAUUGGAUGCCCAUCCAGGAGCAACUUGCACAAAGCAGCUUGAAGGAACAUUGUACAGUUUUUCAUUCGGUUGUCUGAAAGUGGUUUUUUUUAUGUUGCAGAGAGCCAAGGUUAUGACCAGUCAAACAAAGGGUGAUUUGAACUAAACUGUCCCCAUUACUGAUCUGACUACUCCUUAUAUCUCCUUUCUGCAGUGUUUUUUCCCCCUGUUCAUAGUUACAGAUUGAUCUCCUGUUUAAAGCUCAGAUGUUCCCUUUUACAGUAUUGGCUUUUUAGACGUUCACGCUUGUAAAAAGGAGACAGACAUGGUGCAGUGUGCAUGUGAUGGGAUUCUGUUCUGAAGGGACUUCCUUAAAUUCCCCAAACAGAUGAAGAGUCACCCUUCAAAAGAACUGAAAUCCCACGAAGAGUCAUGGCUCACAUUUAAAUUGUAGAAAUGUUUCUGUAAUAAGUGAUUUUGCUUGAAAAUCUUAGUUUGAGCUGAAAAGCUGAAGACUGGUGAUUAUUUAAGUCGUCACAGAUCCACAGGGACUCUGCAGACAGAACCACCCCUGAAAAGAACUGAAAGAGUCCCUGCAGCACAAAUGGCUUCUUUGGUGUGUUUACAAAAAAAUCUAAACAUUUCAACUCGUUUAAAAGAAAAAUAAAAUGGGAAUGUUUUUCUGC